AGGCAGAAAAAUGUUACGAAUUAUUUUUUUGUAAGUCUUUAAUAUUUAUAAAUAUUUUUAGAUAAUUAAAAAAAUGUUUAAAAGUCGAUUUCAUUUGUUGAACUUGAUAAGAUAUUUUUGCGUAAUUCUUAUAUCAGCACAAUUAUUUUUCAAUACAAAUGCCAGCCCAGAAAUCCAACCACCUGAUUAUGACACAAUAUUUGACGAUUCGUUUUUACAAGUUAUAAGUACUAUUAAUAAUGAUAUAAAAUCAUUAGUAUGUGGAAAAAAUCAAGGAUUUAUUAAUCAUUCGCAAAUAAAUUAUGAUGACAUGUUGUUAUUAUCAAGAUCUUGUAAAGACGAUUACGAGUGUAGACAAAAAAAAGAAUCAAGCUUAAACAAAUUAAAAAAAGAAUUAGAGUCUUUAGAGUGUUUUCACACAUUUUUAUGUCUUCAAAUUAUAGAAUUAUUAAAAUUUAAUAUUAGGACUACAAAUUUCAAUCCAAAUCAUAUUUUCAAAAUAGAGUUUCCACAUGUAUCUGAAUACGUAGUUAGGAUGAUUUCCUUUUUCAUUUAUGGCAAGUUUGUUGUUAAUCCUUGGCAAUAUAAUUUAGCAAAACAACUUAUUGAUAUAGUAAGACUCGAAGAACAUCAAAAAAAGGAUACAGAGGAUAUCAUUUUAGCACAAUUAAAUGAUGCUGCAUUACUAUCUUCAAUGAAUGAAUUUUGCGAUAAUUGUAAAUUAAAUAAUGAAUUUUUGAAAUCAAUUAUUUCAUUCAGAUUUAAUACUUUCAAUAGAGAAAUUAGGCAAUUUAAAUAUCAAAAAAGUUUAAAAAAUUAUGUGAAGAAUAUUUUGUCAAAGACAAGAAUUACUUGUGUAACAAAAAUGGACAUAAGUUCUUAUGCACAUAUUAAUAAAGCUAAUCAAAAGGAAAUGGUUAUUGAUAAAGACUACGAAAAUAUUAAAAAAGUUUUUUUACAAAGUUUAAAAUUAAAUAAAUAUGACGAUGAGAUAUUUAAGAAAAAUGAAAUACAUUUCUUUAAUAAAGAUUUGUGGGAAAAAUUACGUAAUAAACGUCUACCAUCUUCUCAUUUUCACUGUACUUGUUCAUUUAAUCAAACAAAAAAUAAAGAAUAUUUCUUGAAAAAAACAUUGCGCAUUUGGAAUAAAAACUAUGAAGACUCUGAUACUAAAGAUAAUAUCCCGUUUCCUGUGCAAUAUGGUAUAGUUAAUGAGCCCAAGGCAAUAGAACUUUUUGAGAAGAAAAUGAACAUAAAGAUUGAAAUGUGUGCCAAAUUUAUUGAUGAAAAGAUUAACUAUUUAACAGCAAAACCAGAUGGUAUAAUUGGGAAAGAUGGUAUUGUUGAAAUAAAAUGUCCAGUUAAGGCCCAAUAUAUGACUCCCGAAAAAGCUAUAAAAGAUAAAGUGAUAAAAUAUGUGCAUUAUAAUGAGAAUGAAGAUCUGGUACUAAAACGUACUUCUGAUACUUUUUAUGAAAUACAAGGAGAACUGCAUAUUACACAGAGGCAGUAUUGUUAUUUAAUUAUUUGGACACCAAAAGGUAUAGUCUAUUGUAAAAUUCUUCGAGAUGACAAAUUUUGGAACGAUUAUAUGGAACCAAAACUUAUUUACUUUUACGAAGACUUUAUGUUACCGGAAUUAUUAAAUAUUCAUUUAACUAAGGAUCUUAAUAUUACGAAUAUUUAGCUAAAAUAUAAUAAACUAUUACACAUUCAUAUUUAAAUAAAAUUAAAAAAUGAUUGUUAAAUGUAUUAUUCAUUAAUAAAAUAAAGUUAAGGGAGUUAAGCGCUUCUAAAAAUAACAAAAGUCAGCGAAUUCAUCAAUCAAAAUUUUUCAUCCAAAAAUCAUUGUAUUUUUUAGAAACUCAAUAUUGCUAAAAUAUAAUAAAUAAUAUAUUAUUCCUAAAUAAUGAAAUAGCAUGUAUCUAAUUAUAUCACUUUUUCAAUAUUAAAAAACGGUAGCACAGUAGGGUCGAAGCACAAUGUGUUGCGGAACAAUGAAGACGCGGCAUAGUUGGAUCCAGUAUAGAUUUAAUCUGACAGUGAUUAAAAUCACUAUCAUAAGAAACGAUUCGAUGCAAAUUUGUAGGUAGUGUUUCAUUUAGAGAAAUUUGUGGAUUAUUCCAAAAGCAGCAUCAACUCUUAUUUCUUUGAUUAUAUCCUGAUUAGUAGUUCUUUGAUUUUAAAAUAUUAUAUAUGAAUAAAUACUAAUUAUAGUUUUUAAAUUUAGUAUGAAAUUGUGAUUAAAUAAUUGAAUAUUGUAAUUUAAACGGAGAA